AUGCGGCCGUCCCGUUGGUUUUUCGCGCUCGUCGCUCCGGUGGUGUUCGUAUUAUUUUCGACCACCUCAGCCACGGGCAUCCGACCCCCGGCACUGGACAGGCCCGCCCAGAGGGACGUGAUGCGGCACCUGCGGGGAGGUGCUCCACCGGGCCCGGUCGUCAGGCUCGGCGAGAGGAACGACGCGGCCGUCAAGACGUACCUGACCAGAUUGCGGGACAGGUACUCGAGCGUGCUGGACAGGCCCUGGGACAGCAAGUACGCCAACCACAGGAACGUCAAACAGUGGUCGCGAUGA